UAUCUGACGUGGCACCCGAACUCUAGCUUGUUUCUCCUCAGCUCCAAGUAAAUUCCAUUGUUUUGUUGUUGUUGUUCUACAAGGUCGAUCCCUCCUGUCCUUUGAAGGCAAACCAACAUGAACAACAACAACGAGAACGAAUUUGGUGCGGCGGAGAGGUUUGUAGCACCCGCAUUGGCUGCGGGUGGCCUCCCAGAAGCGUAUGUUCAGGUAGUCAUGGCAGUGCCCAUGAUUAACGAAAGGGCACUCUGGGAGAGCAUAUUCCAGUUUGUUGGAACCAUUGAUCAGGGUGCCAGUUCCAACCGAUUCUAUGGAGGGCGGGAACAUGACCGAUCCAUGUACAUGUCACUGACUGUCCAACACAAUCGUCCAUUCUUCCGGCCCCAUGAGAUUCAAGUGAAUGUGUCAUCCAGAGACCAAGGGUGGACAUCUGAAGAAGUGGGUCUCAGAAGCCACUGCAGUGCUGUUGAUCUUGUCCUCGGUCACCAUGAGCGCGACUACCCGGAAAACGUCGAAUGGGAAAACGCUCGUGGAAGGACCAAGGUCGUCCGGAACAUUGCGGCAGGCAAUGCCUGGGAGGAGACGGAGCGCACCUUCGAUGAACACUCUCAUAUUGUUGGAGCCAUGAGACAACAUCUACAGAGCAAUCCCCAGGAGACGGUUGGCAUUUACACUAUUGCUCAUUAUCCUGGCUGGAUGUGCAAAGUGCGAAAUGGAGCCCUUGUGGUCAAAUGGGCACCAAUUGUAGAGGAGAUUUGGAAUGAGGUCCAAAGCCGACACGAACAGGCCUCCCGCCGACCCCCCACCGAACACCCAAGAAAACGUUCACGAGUCGCGUGAAUUUGGAAGAAAGAGAAGGCGACAGGCCUCCAAAGGCAAGGACUCGGGCGUUGACAGUCCCACCGAACCCCCAAGAAAACGUUUAAAACGAGUCGAGUCGCGUGAAUUUGGAAGAAAGAGAA